AUGUGGAGUCUUCAGAUCCACGCUUUAGUUGAUGGUUAUGAACUUGCUGGAUACCUCGAUGGAUCCACCGCUGCUCCUCCUCUCACGACAAUAACCGGGACCACAUCCGUUCCAAAUCCUGAUUUUGCCAUCUGGAAACGCCAAGAUCGUCUCUUGUUUAGCGCCCUGCUUGGAGCCAUGUCUCCAUCUGUUCAACCUUUGGUCUCACGUGCCACCACGACUGCUGCUGUCUGGGAAGCACUCGCCUCUACCUUCGCCCAACACAGUCGUGGACAUGUUCAAGGCAUCAAAACACAAAUCAAGGUAUGGACCAAGGGAAUAAAAACUAUUGAUGAAUAUAUUCGAGGUCUUGUUAUCCGCUUUGAUGAACUUGCAGCCCUUGGUAAACCUAUGGAUCAUGAGGAUCAAAUUGAGAAGAUACUUGAAGGUCUUCCGGAGGACUUCAAACCUGUUGCUGACUAG